AUGAGUGAGGCAGGAGAGUCCACCCUCACGGAGGUGGCCGCCUCCGUCUCCCCCCAAGCCGCCUCCCCCCAAGCCGUCUCCCCCCAAACCGUCUCCCCAAAAGCCGUCUGCCCGGAAGCUGGUCAGAAAGAUCUGCCGUCCUUGGGAGGCGGAGAUUCCGUCCAAGCCCGAGUCACCAGCCACGCCAGCGGAGACUCCGUCCCCGAGGCCACCGAGGCCGCUGGCGCCAAGGAAAAGGCGCCCAAGAAAGUCAUCGCAGAGAGGGUGAGUGGAUCCGUCAAGUGGUUCAAUGUGAAGAACGGGUACGGCUUCAUCAGCAGGCACGACACGGGGGAAGACGUGUUCGUCCACCAGACGGCCAUCAGCCGGAACAACCCCCACAAGUACCAGCGCAGCGUGGGCGAAGGCGAGACCGUGGAGUUCGACGUGGUGCAGGGCAAGCAGGGCAUCGAGGCUGCGAACGUGACGGGGCCAGGCGGCACCCGGGUGGAGGGCAGCCGCUUCGCGGCCAACCGGCCCCGCUUUCGCCGCGGCUUCCACGCCCGCCAUCGCGCGCCACAGCAGCACAGUGCCAAGGGCCCUGAGGAGGACAUCUAUGGCUGCGACUACGCCUACCACUUCAACUGCGACUACUUCUACAACUUCUUCGACUACUACCAGUACUUCGGCUACUACGGCUGCUAUGACUACCAGUACCAGAGCACCAGAGAAGACUCGGGCCUAGCCCAGGGCCAGAGGCGCCGCCUGCCCCGCCGCCCCCAAGACCAAAGGCUCAGGCGCUUCCCGCCCAUCCGCAGGGCCAGGGCUGUGACCCGCCGCCCUUCCACCUUCGCUCCCGCCAGUGGCCCGCGGGCUGCGCCGCCGCCUGCCCCAGCCGCCAGGCCUGAGAGUUCACCACCACGCCGUGGACCUGGCCCUAGCUACCGCUUGAGUCGCCCUAGGGGCCGAGGCAUUGCCCCUGGCACAAAGUCCUCUGAGCAGAUGGGGGCAGAAAACAAGGCGAGCGGGAGCGAUGCUGGCUCUGCAGCCCGCAGCCCCAACAACCCCCUCCAAGGCCCACAGCAGCCGCCUGGUGCCCAGGACCAGAGCCCUGAAGGAGGAGAGGAGGAGACCAGGAAGGGCCCUGCUGCAAAACCCGCUUGUGAUGCCAAUCAGAGCAGCGCCUCAGAGGAGGAUGCCACAGUUGCAGAUGCCACCUCUGCUGCACAGGCCCAGUGA